AUGAGCAAGCCCUGGAUCUUUGUAUGCCCUUCGACCCGAGGAAUUGGCUAUGCUCUCACUCGACACCUCCUCCAGAAGACAUCCUUACCCAUCCUUGCAACAGCUCGGCUCCAACACGACCCAGAAACCAUAAAGAAAUCACUUCUCGAAGGUCUCCCCGAGGAACAAGGUCUCACCAAACGUCUGUCAAUAGUUCACGCGGAUGUCACAGACGAGGGAUCUCUCAUUAAUGCAGCUUCCAGGGCUGCUGAGCUGUUCCCCUCUGGCAAGUAUCACCUGCGGCUUGCGUGCGCGGUUCCUGGAGUCCUCAAACCCGAGAAGAAUGUCAACCAGAUAGACGCAGAGACUAGUUUGGAGCAGUUCCGCAUCAACACCAUGGGUCCUCUCCUCCUUAUCAAACACUUCGACAAGUUUCUCCCUAGGCGGAGUUCUGAGCUCGAAGACAGCCCCAACAGUGAUGAGGUAAAGAUGCCUCCUUAUUCGGUGUGGCUCAGUAUGGCAGCUCGAGUUGGCUCCACAUCAGAUAAUAGGGCUGGGGGAUGGUUCUCAUAUCGGGCGAGUAAGGCGGGAGUUAUCAGCCUGGGCAAGAGUUACGACAUAUUUCUGCGUGGGCGGAGUGGCGAUAAGGCCAUCUCCAUUGCCUAUCACCCUGGCACGGUCAAGACAGACCUGAGCAAGGGUUUCUGGGAGAGUACAAAGGAGGGCAAACUAUUCAGCCCUGAAUUCGCUGUCGACAGACUUGUAAAAGUCGCAACAGGCCUCCCCUUGGAAGGGCGAGGCAAGUGUAUGGACUGGAACAACAAGGAGAUCCUCCCAUAA